GAUAACAUCUGAUAACAGCUCUGACUUUUAACUUGGUUCGCGUUUGGCAGGCGUUUUGCAGUUUGUUGUAAACAAUUUCAUAGAAAAUUAUAUUUUAACAAAAGGUUUCUUAUUACCGUAAUGUGAUUAUGAAUUACAACAGUAAAAGGCCCGCGCGUCAAAACUCAACCAGCUUCAACGCGGCAUCGGCAACAAAUUCCGAUGGCAAUGGUGCCACAACACCCACAUUGCUACUGCAACAGCAAGCACAGGCCGUUGCUUCGCCACAUGCGCUUCAGCAUCAGCUCUCCAACAGCAGCACCAGCAGCAAUGCAGCCGGCAUUGCUAGUGGACUUGCAGCUAGUGGUGUGGCCGACGAUACGCCAGUCACCUUGCUGCCCGAAAUUUCCGAUAUAAUGCGGAGCUUUGGUGACUGCGAUCAACCCCGUAUGGAGAGUGUUAAAUUAGUGGAGCAUAUUUUGCAGCAACAAUUGCGUGGAAUGUUCAACGAAGCUUCACUGGUUGCCAUGCGGCGCAAAAAUAGUCCUUGUCCAACGCAGGCAGACUUUGAAUUUCUCAUGCGUAACCAUCCCGUUAAGAUAGCACGCAUGCGCAAGCAUUUAAAGGAUAUGAAGAUAUUAAAGCGCUUCCUAAGUAUACGUACUGGAAGACCACAGGAUUUCAUGGAUGAUGUAGAUCAGCAGGAGUCUGAGGACGAACUGGGAAUCGAAGUGCCGGAAUUGUACGAUGAAGAGCGUACACGUCGUCUAUUUCGUGCCGAUCGCAUAUCGCAAAUACUCACUGGCCAGCAGUACUUGGAAUUCAAUGAGGCACGAAAGACCUCGUUCUAUUGUCGCCAUGGUGAAAAGAUCAAAAAUAAGUUUCGCCGAUUUCUCGACUUACCGCCUGAUCUGCGUAUACCUACAACUACAAUGAAUAUCUUAGCUUACUUCGCACAUGAAACCAUAGCCGUAAUUGUGGACUAUGCCAUAUUGACGCGUUUGAACUCUGAGAAUCGCGUCACGGAGCCAUACAGUCGGAUUACUUCUACUGGCGCUUCGCCUGCAAUGUUGCAUAUUUGUCCUGAAGUAACGCAGGGACGCGGCAUGGAAGUGGUGCGACCCAUAAGCGUCCAGGAAAUUCACGAAGGGAUGCGCCGUUUCCGGCAAAUGACUAGCAAAAAAAUUGGCUUCUAUCGCAGCUCUUGUGACGCUGAUUUUCGGCGCUCUUUUCUUGCCAUUUAAAGUGGUGGCAUCAAAGGAACCUACAGAUUUAGCUUAUAGAUAGAAAGUAAUGAACACAUUAAAUUGCAUCAUCAUAGCAUUAUAAAUGUUAAAUAACAGAGUCUGACAUGGAGUUUUUUUUAUUUAGAAACUCGCGGAUGUUGGUGUGUGCAUAAGUGAAGGAUCGUCCAUUGAUUGUGCCUCGGCGAGUGACAUCUGUGCAACGCGUACGGCAUUUUGGUG